AUGCCUGCUCUUCGCGUGUUUGGGCGUCGUUGGCUCAUUGCAAGCGACGACAUCCCGAUUCCCGCCGGUUUCCUAGCCAUUUUCCGGUUUAUCUGGUGUGGACUGCUGGUGGGCUGGCUGAUCAGCAUCCAUGGCCCGAAGGAGUGCACUGGCGCAUGGCAGUACAAUGUGGCGGCGGGGGGCCUGUUGGGCUUCUUCCUUGCCUCCUUUGCCCUGGAGACUGCAAUGACCAUCAUCGGUCUCCGCGGUUCGAUCUUUGAGACCAGCAAGCGGAGGAGGCUGCCCCUGCUCAUCUACCUCGACAUCGUGGCCGUGACAGGGCAGAUUGCCUUCAACGCCUACUGCACGAGGCUCCUGUACACGGAGCCACCCCAGUGUGAGGUGGAGCCGGGGGAGCUCUGGCAACCCGCCCAGGUCCUCAAGGGCCUGGUGUGGUCGACGUGGGCGGUGCUGGCGGGCUCCCUGCUGCUGCUGGCCCUGACCUACAACCUUUACCCGGACUACAAGGCCGUAGAGUCCUGGGAGAGGCGCUGGUCCGCCAUGGCCCACUGCUGCUUCUGCUGCAUCAGCAACCACGAGAAAGGGCGGCGCGAGGACCUCGCCGCCCGGCUGGGGCGCAUCUUUGCGCUGAUGUUUGGGCACAUCGACAUGACCGCCUCGGACAUCGUGGUCUCCUUUGCGCUUGCCAUGACCCUGCAGAAGCUCAGGCGGCGGGGCAGCAGCGACGACGAGGGGCUGGCUGCUGCAGAUGAGGAGGCCGGUCUGCAGGGGCAGCGUUUGCGCGUCGAUGCGGAGACGCUGCAGGAGGCCUCCCAUUACAUGUCCUAUGCCUUUGCUGCAUACGGCUACCUCCUCUACCUGUGGGGCAAGCCAGCAACGGGCGUGCUGGAGCUGUGCUGCGGGCGGAGCUGUGGGCUGGCGAUGAACAUGCUGCGGCCGUCGAGGGGGGUCCUGCCAGACCUGCGCGUGAUCACCAACCUCAACCGCGAGGCGACGCUGCAGGCCGCCGGCCUCUCGACGGAGGACCUGCUCUUCGUGAGGUACGAGGCGGAGAAGCCCAAUGUCCUGCCUUACUUCCUGGCCCUGGACCACGCAAUGCAGACGGUGGUGCUGGCUAUCCGCGGCUCGCUGAGCCUGGACGACGUGGUGCGUGACCUGCUCAUCGAGCCCGCCUCUCUGGACAGCUGGAUAUCGUCGGGCAAGGAGUGGCACGGGGUGAUCCCUGAGAUCGCCAUGGCCGAAAGAAACACCGAGGCCUCGGGGCAUGCCGGCAUCCUGGAGGCCGCUCGGGCUACACUCAUGGAUCUGCAGGAAUCUGGGUACCUGUGGAGCACGCUGCUGGGCCCGGAGGCUACGCACCGGGGCUGGCAGCUGGUGGUGACGGGGCACUCGCUGGGCGCCGGCUGCGCCUUCCUGGUCGGCCUCUACCUGAGCCAGUCCAUCUGCCCGGGGCUCAAGUGCUGGGCCUUCUCGCCCCCCGGGGGUUUGGCCAGCGCCUCGGUGGGAGCCAGCGCCAAGGCCUGGUGCACCACCGUGGUGUGCGGCAAGGAGUGGAUCCCGCGCCUCACCGCCCAGAGCUUCGACCGUCUGAGGGAUGAGAUGGUGCUGGCCGCGCUGCGCUGCCGCCUGCCCAAGCUGGCCUUUGGCUGGGGCGUGCUCCGCCGGCGAGCCUGGACCGAGGCCGACCUGGUGCUACCAGAGGUGCCGCCGCACGCGCGGCCCGUGCUGAACGAGUACCGCAAGAGCCUGGCGCGGCGGGGGGAGCUGGAGGACAGCUUCUACGACCACGCCUCCAGCUUUGCGGCGCCGGGCCAGGUGAUGUGGCUGCAGUCGGUGGGGUCGGCGCCGCGCAAGGGCUGGCGCCCCGGACGCUCCCACGAGUACCGCGCGGUGUGGAUCGAUGCCGAGGAUCUCAGCAGCGAGGGCAUCAUCCUCUCGGGCCGCAUGAUGGCAGAUCACAUGCCAGACCACCUGCUGGCCCUGCUGCGCAAGAUGGCGCGGCGCCUGCAGCACAGCCACUCUACUGCCGCUGUGGACGACCGGGCUGGCGAGAGCGUGCUGCCGCAUGCGGGCGGGAGCCACGAUAGGGAGCGUGGGGGUUAA